UUUUGCACAAAAGUGCCUGUGUUCAUAGUUUUACUCAGGGCACCCAAAAUAGCGUGCAGUAUGCAGUGUCGUACUGUGAGUUUUCAAAAAUAAAAGCAGGAGUGACUUAUACUGGCAGGAAGCUGUAACUCCUAAAGCUUUUCAAGGAUCUGUGAAGUUAAAAAGAACUUCUUACUUCUCCUCAUCUGUUGUUUCAUUUGACUUUAACGAUACUCACUUCUCCAAACAUUGAAGGCCCUGAGAUUACACAGAUAAAAAUUGCUUGAAAAGAGAUCUCAGCAUGAAUUGCUCCACUUUUCCCUCUCUUGUGCUGGCACUGGUUCUACUUCGAUUUUGUUCUCCAACCACACAGAACUUCAGUGCUCAAAACACAGAUCAAUCUUACACAACAAUUCAAAGAGUGAAGCGUGACUGGAUAUGGGAGCCACUUUUUGUAACUGAGGAAGAGACCUCAACGAUGCCUAUGUAUGUUGGACAGCUGAAAUCAGAUUUAGACAAGGAGGAUGGCAGCCUACAAUAUAUUUUGUCUGGGGAGGGAGCUGACAGCAUUUUUUUCAUCAAUGAACAUGGCAAAAUUUACGUGAGACAAAAGCUGGAUAGAGAAAAGAAAUCCUUCUACAUUCUUAGAGCACAAGUAAUCGAUAGGAAAACUCAUCUUCCUAUUGAACCCGAUUCAGAAUUUAUUAUCAAAGUUCGAGAUAUCAAUGAUCAUGAACCACAAUUCUUAGAUGGACCUUAUGUGGCUACUGUUCCAGAGAUGUCACCUGAAGGUACUUCUGUUACACAGGUAACAGCUACAGAUGGUGAUGAUCCUUCUUAUGGGAAUAAUGCCCGGCUUCUUUACAGUCUCAUUCAGGGUCAGCCUUAUUUCUCUGUGGAGCCAAAGACAGGAGUCAUCAGAAUGGCUUCCCAAAUGGACAGAGAAACAAAAGAUCAGUAUUUGGUUGUCAUCCAGGCCAAAGAUAUGGUUGGACAAGCAGGAGCAUUUUCAACAACGGCCACUGUUACCAUCAACCUCUCUGACGUCAAUGAUAAUCCACCCAAAUUUCAGCAGAGACUCUACUAUUUGAAUGUCUCUGAGGAAGCUCCUGUGGGCACUACUGUAGGCAGACUCCUGGCAGAAGACAGCGACAUAGGGGAGAAUGCAGCCAUGAACUAUUUCAUUGAAGGAGACAGUUCAGAUGUUUUUGGCAUCAUUACUGACAGGGAAACUCAGGAAGGAGUUAUCUUACUAAAAAAGAGAGUGGAUUAUGAGAGCAAGAGGAAACAUAGUGUUAGAGUAAAAGCUGUAAACAGGUACAUUGAUGACCGUUUCCUGAAAGAAGGACCAUUUGAAGACAUAACUAUUGUACAAGUCAGUGUGGUAGAUGCUGAUGAACCUCCAGUUUUCACUUUGGAGAGCUAUGUGAUGGAGAUUGCUGAAGGAGCUGUAAGUGGCUCAUUGGUAGGAAUUGCAUCUGCAAGAGAUCUGGACAAUGAUGACAGCCCAGUCAGGUAUUCUAUUGUCCAAGGCAUGCAUUUAAAGAGAUUGUUCAGCAUCAAUGAACACAAUGGAACAAUCAUUACAACUGAACCUCUGGACCGAGAGAAAACUUCUUGGCACAACAUAACUGUUACAGCCACAGAAACUAGAAAUCCUGAAAAAAUUUCAGAAGCAAAUGUAUAUAUCCAAGUUCUUGAUGUAAAUGACCAUGCACCAGAAUUUCCUAAAUAUUAUGAAACAUUUGUUUGUGAAAAUGCAGUACCAGGUCAGCUAAUUCAGAGCAUCAGUGCAGUGGACAAAGAUGACUCAGCAGAAAGUCACCAAUUUUACUUCUCGUUGGCUCAGGAGGCCACAAACAACUCGCGUUUUACUGUCAAAGAUAAUCAAGAUAACACAGCUGGAAUUUUCACAGCAGUAAGUGGCUUCAGUAGACAAGAGCAGUUUUAUUUCUUCUUGCCAAUCUUAAUUCUGGAUAAUGGAUCUCCACCACUUACAAGCACAAAUACACUCACUGUCACUGUCUGUGAUUGUGAUACUGAAGUGAACACCUUAUACUGUCGUUAUGGAGCUUUCCUGUAUUCCAUAGGCCUCAGCACAGAAGCUUUAGUUGCUGUUUUGGCUUGCCUACUAAUACUCCUGGUGUUCUUUUCGGCGAUUAUAGGCAUAAGACAGCAGAGGAAGAAGACUCUCUUUCCAGAGAAAGUGGAAGAAUUCAGAGAGAAUAUUGUCAGGUAUGAUGAUGAAGGAGGUGGUGAGGAGGACACAGAAGCUUUUGACAUUUCAGCACUGAGGACACGCACUGUCUUGAGAACACACAAACCUCGAAAGAAAAUCACCACAGAAAUCCACAGUCUCUACAGACAGUCUCUGCAGGUUGGUCCUGAUAGUGCUAUUUUCAGGCAAUUCAUUUCAGAAAAGCUUGAAGAAGCCAAUACAGACCCUAGUGCUCCUCCAUAUGACUCACUUCAGACAUAUGCAUUUGAGGGCACUGGCUCUUUAGCAGGAUCUCUCAGCUCCUUAGGCUCAAAUAUGUCAGAUGCGGAUCAAAAUUAUGACUACCUUGUAGGCUGGGGACCUCACUUUAAACAGCUUGCAGGCAUGUAUGCUUCCCAAAGGAGUACUAGAGAUUAGUUAUUGUUUGAUCACUUGUUUUUUUUCCAUAAGUUCUCAGCAACCAAAAUCAACUCAGUUUUUAAAAAGGAGGUCAUACCACAUUCAAGCACAAAAAUAAAGAUCGAAAUCUUGGAUGUGGUGAUUUUCUGAAAAAUCAUACCUAUCAUUAUUUGAGAGGAUGGGCAUUCUCCAUUUGAAAAAGAAAAAAAAAAAAGAAAAAAAAGAAAAAAAAAAAUUAGAGUAAACUAAGAUUGUGCUGCUUUGGAUAUCAAGAUCCCCAUACUGGGCACAGAAAACCUGGGUCUUGCAAGUACAGAAGAAGGAAUAUAAGCCAUAAAUUGUUAUUGUAAAUAUUCUGUCAUCCACAAGCUUUAAACUAUUUCCAAAGUUGACUUUUGCUCUCACUGUUGAAUAUAUUCAUAAAACAAAGUUAAAUAUUCAUAUUUGUAUAAUGCUUCAUUAUAUAAAAACACUUGUGUGACAAAGUAGAAUACAAUUGUCAGAAGUACUUAAUAAUCUAUUUAUUGUUUGUAAGAUGAUAAAAUUAAAAUAAAUCUUCUUUCCUAUAAACGUAAAAAUAAAUACCUGUUACAACACCAGCAUACUAAUAUCUAUAAUGGAGCUAUUGGGAAAUACAUAAAACUAAUACUUAUUUUAGCAAAUAAGAUAGGAAAAAAAAAAGAAAUUAAUUCAAGUUAGAAUCAAUAUUCAACAUAAAUACUGUAGUCCACCAUGUUAUAUUACUGUACUUAUAACAAAAUAUUAUCAAAGCAUAAGUAUUUAUCUUUAAGAGUUUAAAUAUGACUGUUAUACCAGCAUAGAGCUAUUUUUAUUUUUUUUUAUUAUGGAAUACAAUAUUAUCAGAAGUAAUCAAUUUUGGCAUAACACUAUCAUGGAUCUUUAAAUUUCUAAGCUGAUGGUUAUAAAACUUUGUGUAUAACAUUGGAUAAUAGGAUAGAAAAAUGUUCUAAUGUUGAUUCAUUUCUUCUGAAAAUGAUCCUGUAUCAUUCUAUUAGACUCAAAUAAAACUUCAAAAUUAA